AUGGAGGCGCUGGCAAUGGCAGACAGCGCAGCGAGCGCUGGAAUUCGUGCGGCGUCCGCUCCUUCACACGCUGCGGAUGUUCCCGCUCUUGCGGACGACUUGGAGCUGCACAGCGACUAUGUAGCCAAGAGCCUACUGCGGGCGAUCCAGCUCAUCAACCGCCUGACACUCGAGCUCAACGUCCACGAGGCCAUGCGCAGCGUCCGCCAGGUUGCCCUGGAGCUUCUGGAGUGUGAGCGAGUGACGCUGUUCCUGGUCCUGCGCAGCAAGCGGGAGCUGCGGGGCCGCAUGGGCGACGAGGCAGCCGACGAGGUGAUCUCAGUGCGCUUUGGAGAGGGCAUCGCGGGCCGCGUGGCACUCACGGGCGGCCUGCUCAACGUGCGCGACGCCUACUCGCACCCCCUGUUCCACCCGGGCGUCGACGCCAAGACGGGCUUCAGGACGCGCAACAUCCUGGCCUGCGCGGUCAAGCACGACGACUGCGACUCGGAGCCCAUUGCGGUGCUGCAGGCGCGCCGCGGAGUGGGGGCCGCAGGGGCCCUGAACAAGCGCGGCGGCGCGGACUUCAGUGCGGUGGACGAGCAGCACCUGAAGCUCUUCAGCGUCCACCUCGGCAACACCCUCGCGAAGAUACGGUUUUAUGAGGAGGCCAAGCGCGAGAAGGAGCGCAUGGCGGCGCUGAGCCAGUGCUUCAAGAAGCUGGCCAAGGCGUCAUCCCUGGACUGCGCGCUGGGCACGAUUACCGAGGCGGUGCAGGAGCUGGUUCACGCGGAGCGGGUGGUGGUGUUCCUGAUGGACCACGCGCGCGGGGUGCUGUGGAGCAGCUUCGUGCACCCGGUGACGGGCCACGUGCGGCAGAUCAGGACCAAGCAGCACGCCGGCUGCGUGGGGCGAUGUGCCACCAGCAAGCAGCAGCUCUGUCUUGACCUGCGGGAGGACCCCGGGCCGCGCGACGACCCGGUGCUGCGGCAGCUGCUGGCAGCCAUAGAGGAUAGCAGGGUGUCCAGCGCGCUGCUGCAGCCCGUGCUGGACCCCUCCACAGACGGCUGCAUGGCGGUGCUGGUGGCGCUCAACAAGGUGGGGGAUGACGUGGCGGACGGCGCCUUUGAGGACGGCACCUUCACACGGUCUGACAGGUACUUGUGA